AUGGUGGUGCGGAAGGUGGGGAAGUAUGAGGUGGGGCGGACGAUUGGGGAAGGGACAUUUGUGAAGGUAAAGUUCACGCAGAACACGGAAACUGGGGAUAGCUUGUAUCUUGCAUAUGAAAAUGCUCCAAUGGAGUAUGUUUAUGUGGUGGAGGAGCAUGGUGGAUGUGAUGAGGAGAUGGAGCACGAUGGCCGCGGUGAUGGUGUGGAGGAGGAGCAUGAUGGCAGCCGGGGUGGUGGUGGUGUGGAGGAAGAGCAUGGUGGAUGUGAGGAGCUAGAGCACGAUGGCUGCCGUGAUGGUGUGGUGGAGGAGCAUGAUGAUGGCCGAUGGGAUGGUGACGGUGUGGAGGAGGAGAGUGGUGGAUGUGGUGUGGAGCCUCAGCACGAUGGCCGAUGGGAUGGCGGUGGCGGCUUCCAUGAGGAGAGAGAGCGUGGCGGUGGUGGUUGGGGCGGCGGCCGUGAGGAGAUGGAGCAAAGUGGAGGUGGGGUUUUACAUGUCUCCACAAAUUCUCAUCCUCGUCAAUUUCAUUUAAAUCAUAUUUGA